UCAAAGGCAUUGUCUGCUUAUUUCAGCGCCAAUCGUUGUCGCCAAUAGGGCUCGAUAUUUGGACAAAAAAUUGAGUGUUGGUAAAAUGUCUCACAAUCCAUACAAGGUGAUGUGAGCCAUUCUUUAUCACUGGAAAAUUGUGAGAAGGCACCUGAUAAAGGUGCAAACGCAAUCAAUGUGUGACAAUUGAAUGGCUACAUUUUGUGAAUAAGUAUAGUGGCAACAGUGGUGUCAAUAGGAUCGCAAGUGAUUUGGAGGGAAAAUGCUGAAGUCGUUCGAAGGGAUCGCCACUCAGCUCAAAUUCAAGUCCAAAGUCUAUUCAAUCGACAAUUUGGCAUUCAAAUUUCACUAUCGGGCGACUUUUAUCAUCCUACUCGUCUGCACUGUGCUGGUGACAUCGAGACAAUACAUUGGAGAGCACAUAAGAUGCAUGACAGGGGGAGCCCCGACCAUACCUGAGCAUGUGAUCAACACCUUCUGCUUCUUCACCACGACCUUUACAAUUGUGAGACAUCUCAACGAGUCAAUGCUCGAGCGUGGCAACAUUCCACACCCCGGCAUUGGUCCUGUGUACGAUGAUGACGAAAAGAAGUUCCAUGCCUACUAUCAGUGGGUGCCGUUCGUCCUCUUCGGCCAGGCUCUCAUGUUUUACAUGCCGCACUUGCUGUGGAGGAGUUGGGAGAAAGGGAGGAUUAAGGUGCUGGUGUAUGGCUUGCAAAUGACCAGUCUCUCUUGGCACAUCAAGUGCCAGAAUGACGUCCAAAUCACCCCCAAUCAGACGCUCAGGUGCAGGAAAACCAUCGCCGAGAGAGUGGCGAUAAUUAAGAUGGACUUUCUGCGACAUCUCCGAGUUAAUCGCUGGUGGGCACCAAGACUGAUCUUCUGCGAAUUCCUCUGCUUCGCAAACCUCAUUCUGCAGAUCCAUUACGUCAAUGUCUUCCUCAAUGGUCAAUUCCUGACACUCGGGAUUGAUUUCAUCCAAGGUAAUUUUGAGGGCCCCAUGGAUCCCCUGGAUGUGGUCUUUCCGAAGGUGACCAAGUGCCACUUCUACAAGUACGGCGCCUCAGGAUCCAUCCAGAAGCACGAUGCCCUCUGCGUCAUGGCACUUAAUGUCAUGAAUGAGAAGAUAUACACCUUCCUCUGGUUUUGGUUUAUCAUUCUGAUGGUUGUAUCGCUCUUCUCAUUCACCUGGCGUUUCUUAACGCUGAUCCUCCACUCAAGGUCCACAAAAUUCAAUGGCUUCGUCUUCUCAAUGGCGUGCCCGGGACGAUUGCAUCCGCACGACAUGGUGGUGAUUAGGAAGAGUCUCACCUUCUCGGAUUGGUUGUUUCUCUACUACAUCGCGAAGAAUCUGGAUCCUCCGGUGUUCCGGGAGCUGCUUUCGUCCCUCGUGACGGAACUCAGUGGCGAGGCUGUGGCUGAGGAAGUGGAUGAGGAGGAAGAGAUUGUUGAAUUGCGUCGACACAGUGAAGACAAUCCUGAGAAUUCCAUAAUGAUUCAGCAGGCGGAAAAUGAAAACAUCGACACAGUGGAUAUUGCUGAAAAAUCCACAAAAUUAAGUGAUGUUUGCCUGUGUGCAAGAACUCCCGUGUUGGACUCACCUCGCGAGAGCGGUGGACAGAAGUGCAGACACAGACUCCCCAAUGACUGUUCAGAAUUGAUCAAUGGAAGGCACAAUGAGACGCGAUGGAGGAUCACAAGACACCAAAAUGUUGAUGCGCUGUUCAAUAAAAAGUGCCAAAUUCUCACAAUCAAGCCACCCACUCGGCUCCACUGCUUGCGUCCAUCUCCCAAUUGUGGCAAGAUGCAAAAGAAGUCAAUUGGCCUGGUCAACAGCCGACAACCCGCCAAUUUAUUUCCCAUCCUAGUAGGUCAGAGUCGAAUUUCUCCCCAUGCAGAAGAUGAUGGAAGGGCCAGGGUCCUGGUCGCUCCCUCUCACUCUGGCACCCUGUUGAGUGAUGUUUCCAAGGGAACGAAUGCGAGUGGCUGCGAAAGAGUGCCAGCACGCACAAUCCAGGGACUGGCAACCUUCUUACGCGCCGAAGACAGCGCAUUUUCAUUUGCAGAGAGAAACAGCGACGAAAUUCACUCGGGCAGCGUUUACAAAUUGCUGCAGCGGCGCAAGGGCAUCCCUUUCGCUGCGGAGAGAGGACGGAAAAAGCGCGGGAAAAUCCAGGACAUCCCCCUGAGGAGUGGGGGCUCCAUCCCAGGACCAGGAAGCCUCCGCGGGUCCACAAUGUAUAAGCUCCUGGGAGGACUCAAGGACUACUUCAAGCUCCAGGAGAUCCAGACGGACAACGCCGUCUUUCGCCUGCAUAAUGUCUUCACCACAGUGCUCCUGCUCACAUGUAGUCUCAUCAUAACUGCCACCCAGUACGUGGGUCAGCCCAUCAGUUGCAUCGUCACCGGGAUCCCGACCCACGUUGUAAAUACCUUCUGCUGGAUCUCCAGCACUUUCACCAUGCCAGAUGCCUUUCGGAGGCAGGUGGGGCUCGAUGUGGCACAUCCAGGAAUCAGCAAUGACUUCGACGACGAGAGUGCCAAGAAGUACUACACGUACUACCAGUGGGUCUGCUUCGUGCUCUUCUUCCAGGCAAUCGCAUGCUACACCCCGAAGUUUCUCUGGGACUCGUUCGAGGGUGGUCUCCUGAGGACCAUCGUGAUGGGACUGAAUUUGGGCAUCUGCCGCGAGGAGGAGAAGACGGCCAAGAAGAAGGUGCUCAUCGACUACAUGCUGCAGCAUCUGAAGCGCCAUAAACUGUACGCCAUUCGCUACUGGGGCUGUGAACUCCUCUGCUUCGUCAACAUUGUCAUUCAACUGUGGCUCAUGAAUAAGUUCUUUGACGGUGAAUUCAUGUCCUAUGGCCUGCGGGUGAUGAGGCUGUCCGAGACACCGCAGGAGAACCGAUUUGAUCCCAUGGUGUAUGUUUUUCCGCGUGUGACAAAGUGCAUCUUCCACAAGUACGGAUCGUCGGGCUCCAUUCAGAAGCACGACUCCCUCUGCAUCCUGCCGCUGAACAUUGUCAACGAGAAGACGUACAUAUUCAUAUGGUUCUGGUACAUUAUCCUGGCCAUUCUUCUUGUCGGAUUAAUAAUUUAUCGGGUCAUGAUUAUAACGAUGCCAGCAGUUCGUGCCAGAAUCCUCAAUGCACGCAAUCGCAUGGUGCCGAGAGAGGUGGCCAAGUCCAUUUCCAACAAGGUUGAUAUCGGCGACUGGUGGAUUAUCUACAUGCUGGGCCGCAAUUUGGAUCCCAUCAUCUUCAAAGACGUUCUCACCGAGCUCACGAAGAGCAUAGAUUCGUCCAAGCGAGAGAAGAAUUGAUCCUCCCGCGGGCGUCAUUUCUGAAAUUGAGAGACACACACACCGACAGCACGAUGGUGGAUUGAGAGCGAGAAGAAGACGGAUUAAUUAAGUUAGAUCAUUUUUUGAAGAACUUUUAUAAUUUAUAAACUUUCCAUCUGCAUUUGCCACCACAUCUGGAACAUGACGCGCGCGAUGACUUUUCCGCGAACGACGAGAGCAUCUUCUUCUCUUCCCUUCGUUUCUUAUGCCUUUCUCAAAUCGACUGUGUAAAUUUCUGAGAAUCUGAAUCUUGCAGAUCUAUCGUCCAUGUGCCCUUGUCUGACCUCCGGCACUGCAUGCACUCGCCCCAUGGCAUCGUGAAUGUGGGGCAAAUUUCCAAGGGAAAUUGCACUUUCCACAUGUGACGUGUUCGGAGUAGAGAAUGUCCAUUAUAUUUUACGCCUCUGUGAUUAUUGGUAAAUUAAAUUAAGGCACACAUUAGGCGAUGGGUUCCUCUGGUGAGCAUGUUCAUGAAAUGCAGAUGCACAUAACUGCAUGAGAUUAUAGUCGAAAUGGAACCGAUAUUUAGUUUUAAUAGCGUUGUCUCAAAAUAAGUUAUCAACGGAGUGGAUUUUACUGUUGGCGCAGUGUCUCCUGUGUACCUCAUUUUGUCUCUCUGCUAUGAAUUUUGCCCAAUAAUCCCACAUGGCAGCAAUAAGAUGCAAUUAUCACAUGCAUAGUUCAUGCUAUCGUCGGAGUGACACCGAGAGGGAAAGAUUAUAACACGUGUUUUACGAGGCUUCCCGACAGCAAUAUAUAUUUUUAUAUACACUUUAGAUGUAAAGUUUUGUAACUAGUGAGCCCGCUACUGGACGGGGACUAUCAACGAGAUGAAAAUACAAUUUUUGUCCUGCAAACUCAUUCCUCUAUAUACUUUU